AAGGAGGGGUUGCAAAGCAGGAGAGAAUCAGACGGCGAGGAAGCUGACAGCGCAAGCACAGAAUGAGGGUGCAGUAGGAGCAGGCAGAAGACAGCGACGGAGGCGGCACAAUAGUGCGAGGCGCUGCUGGAAAGAGAGAAAUAAGGAAGAGCAGGCAUCAUGGCAGCGCUCACGGCAUCGUCACGGCACAUGGGGAGUACUGGCCGCCACUGCUGAACAUUGUGUGAUGGAGAGGAGAGAGUCGGGAGGACCGCCGGGAAACCAGAAGCAAGAGACGGAAACAGGUGUGACCAGCGGGACCUGCUGCAGGAUGAGUGGGAUCCUGAAGAGAAAGCUUGAAGAGGAACCCUCCUCUUAUUUGUCUCUGCAGGGCUCAGAAGAUGACGAGGUUUCCUGCAGCGACAGCGGCAACAGCAGCGAUAGUCUUAAUAAUUCUGUCCCCUCCGGGAUUCUAGAUCCCUCUGUCCAGCAGCAGUCAAAGCGACUACGGGGACGUAAUGUGCACUUUGAGAGCGUCACCGUGUACUAUUUCAGCCGGCGCCAGGGCUUCACCAGCGUGCCGACGCAGGGCGGCAGCACCCUGGGGAUGUCGCCGCGUCACAGCGGGGUGAAGCGCUUCACCCUCAGGGAGUUUGCCAUGGAGCAGAAACAGAGCCAUAGGAACAUGCUGAGGGAUCAUCUCAAAGAGGAGAAGCUCAACGCCAUCAAACUCAAACUAACCAAGAACGGCACGGUGUCCUCCAUGGAAGCCGAUACUCUGACGCUCGACGACAUCUCAGAAGACGACCUGGAUGUGGACAACACGGAGGUGGACGACUACUUCUUCCUCCAGCCCCUGACCACCAGGAGGCGGCGCGCGCUCCUCCGUGCCUCUGGGGUCCGCCGCAUCGAUGUGGAGGAGAAACACGAGCUGCGCGCCCUGAGGAUGUCUAGAGAGGAGUGUGGGUGUCGCUGCCGAGGGAUAUGCGACCCAGAGACCUGUGCUUGCAGCCUGGCCGGCAUUAAGUGCCAGGUAAAUGGAAAUGUGGUGGACCGCAUGUCCUUCCCCUGCGGCUGCACCAAGGACGGCUGCAGCAACGGCGCCGGGCGGCUGGAGUUCAACCCGGUCCGCGUGCGCACCCACUUCCUGCACACCAUCAUGAAGCUGGAGCUGGAGAAGAGCCGCGAGGAGCAGUACCAGCAGACGGAGCAGCAGCUUGUAACCAGUGGCAACGGUUACCACGGCAACACCACCUUGAUCCAGCAGCAGCAGCAGCAGCAGCAGCAGCACAACCCUCAGUCUCUGAAGAUGAACAAUCCCAUCAUGCAUCUCCAGAGCACGGGUGACUCCGAUUCGCAUCUAGACGAGGACGAGGAGGACGAGGAGGACGAAGACGACGACGAAGAGGAGGAGGACGAGGCUUACGACGAGGACGGCAGCAGCGUUUGCAGCGGGCUGUCGGACUGCAGCACGCACAGUCUAGAAACUCUCGACCCGGAGGACGCAGAGGAAGACGACGAGGACGAAGAGGAGGAGGAGGACGAAGAGGAUGAGGAAGAGGAUGAAGAAGAUGAUGAGGAGGAAGACUGGGACUGUUCAUUGCACGGACUGAAUCCUCCCUCGUACUCCGUCCCCCUCCCCUCUGUUCUGAGUUACACCAACAGCCCCCUCGGCCUCGGCAGCCCGUUCCACAGCGCCCCCUCCCUGCAGCCCUACCAGCUGGACGGCUUGGCGAGCGACACGCCCUCCUUCCUCGCCGAGACCCUAAACGCUCCCGCGCCCAUGCUCCCCUCGGUCGAAUGCGCGCUGGAGUCCGAAAUGGGCGCCGAGCCGCAGAACCGUUUCUCCGAGCUCGGCCCUGGCCUCCGCAAAAACCCAGAUUGUGCUGACUCACAGGCGGAGCGCGAGCCGCCGCCGCCGCCGAUGUGUGGAGACGUCAGCCACACAGCGGCAUCAGAGAACGCCUGAUGAGGAAGGACUGACAUGGAUUUUUGGCAUUCGUCAGAGAGGAAGUGAAAAUAUGUUCCACCCACUCCCUUACAGAUUUUGUUCAAUUUUUACUUUUUUUUCUUUUUUGUCACACAUACAUGCUUCAAGAUUAAAGUAACUAGUAUCAAACCUGAGUAGAUACAAAAUGCAGUUCUCAAUGAUGACGUCAUAGAAAGAAACUGUCCAAUGAGUCACUAAUCAUCGAAAUUACUCCAAAACACAUCAGCACAGGCUGCGUUUCCACUAUAAAGGUGCACAAAUCUUUGUCUCCAUCUCAGUAAUGUCGAAAAAACACAACUUCACAAUUGUGGUGUUUUCAUUAAAUAACAAAUUAAAUGUGUAAAUAAGCUUGUUUACGUGAUAAGUCAUGGCAGCGACAAAUCCAUCAGGUCAAUGCUUAAUUCAGCAGUGGUGUCUGAAAAACACUCAUCCAAACAUCCUCCUCCUACCAUUUCCUGUUGUUUUCUUCAUCAUUCCUGCCAGUAGUAACAUCUGGUUGCUGAUCAUGUGAGAAAAAAAGUGUUUCUGUUGCAGUUUUGCAAAAGACAUUUAUUUCAAUACGGCCGACAAACCACAGCGCAAAGUUUGGGGUUUCUUUUUUCCAAAUUGGCGUUUUUUCCAUUAAACACAUUUAUUUUUGUAUAUUCAAAUUGCGCAAUUUAUAGUCAAUGAAAAUGCAGAUAAUUUAUUCAGGCAGUCACAGAACAUCUGGAUAUUGCAGCAGGGAACUGGAAAUAUGAACCUUUCAUUAGAAUCUUUUGUGGUACUUCCUGCAAUAACAAGAAAAGUGACAAUAGAAGGUAUUUAAAAAUAUAUGACAGUAUUUUUUCUGUGAUUAGAUCUUCAGGUUAUGACUUAAUAUCAAACAUGAAUAUUAUGAAAUAGGCUGCAUCUUGUACUUACUCAGGAUAUUUGAUAUCAAUAUUUCUGGGAUAGCCCAAAGUGUGGGGCCAGGGCCAUUUUGGCCCUUGAAGUGAUUUUGUUUGGCCCGUGACAACAUGUCAACAAUGGUGAAAAUGAUUUAUGACACAAACAAAAAUGGGGAAAUGGCUGUUUUUCUUUUAACAAGGCAACAGACUGAAGCCUUAUUAUAUUUUGGAUCUUUAAAGACAUACAAGUUUUGUAAACACUAACAAACUAGAAAAAAAUCUAACUACAUUUUGCAUUUUAGACUGAAUGGAUUUUGACACGCCAGUAGUUAAAUUUGACCUGGUUUGUCAAAGAAUUGGACAUCACUGAUUAGAGACAUGCAAGUUGGACAAAAUGAAAAAAGCAAAACAGAUAAAAACGGUAAAAAGCCAGAGCCUUUUUCACAGCUCAGUACCUAUAGAAAUUUGCAGUAUUGUUGAUAAGUGCACUUUGAGGGACAGUCACUCACUUCAACCCAGAAUGCACCGGGAGUUGAGUCAAUCGAGGUUGUCCUCAAACCCAUUUAAGAUUGUGUAAUAUGACAAACAUGGAGAAUAAAACAAUAACACAGUGGUUAGGUCUGCUACUUUGUAUUUGCACUCUAUGUUUUACCGUUUGGGCUCCGUUUUCGACGUGUUUGCUGCAUGUUUUCCGGUCGUGUCGGCAUCUGUGACGAAUCAGAGCCGGAUUUCGAGGUGCUUGUAUUGGUUUGGUAUUUUCCGUUGUGCUACUGUUGCUGCCAAUGUUUCUGCAGCGCUUAUCUGUAUCGCAUGUGUUCAGUUUUACUGGAGAUGUUCCUCGGCGUGCGCGUUCUGUACGAUUAAACAUCUGUUGCAGGUGGAAAAACACACCUCUAUUGUAAAGACACACACCAGUCAAUGGUCCUGUCGAGAACUGUGCAGUGCUUUGCGAAAGCAUUCGCACAAGUUGAACUUUUUCAUAUUUUGUCUCAGAAAAUGAAUCUAGAGACUUCUCAUAAAGCUGCAGAUUAAAGUAGUGGUGUAAAGGUGACAAAAUAUGAAAAGGGUUCAUGUUAUAAAUACUUCUGGAAGGUACUACAUCUUGAACCCAUCAUUAAAGUGUCCUCGUUUUCCAAC